ACCCCAUCCCCCCAAAAUCAAAACGAGCCUUUUUUGUGAUGCUGCGGAGUCGAUCGCAGACACGGAGGCGUUGGAGCUGGACAUCGUCCCCACGCAGCAGCAACUGGACUCGGCUAACGAGCUCGUUGCCGAACAGACCCUCAUCGCCAAGGAGGCCACCGCCGAUUCCACCUACUACGCGCGCCGCGCCGCGAAGCUCAAGACGCCCGAGGCGCAGGCGGCGGCCGUCGAAGCGCAGGCGAUCCGCGCGCAGGCGAAUCGUAUCCUGGGCGCGCUUAAGAGGCAGGCCGCGCUCGCGAAGGAUGCCCUGGAGGCGAUGCAGUACGAUCUGGCCACCGCGCGGAAGGACAAGAUCGACACGAGGAUCGCCGCGGACGCGCACAACGUUGACCUGAACAAGGCGAAGAAGGACGCGAAGGAUGCGGAGGGGGUGUACUACAAAUACGUGGGCGACACGAAGACGCUUCCGAAUGCGAUCAAGACGCUCAUGGCCGACGUUCAGGUGAAGACGACAGCCGCGGCGAAGGUGACGAAAGACAACAAGGCCCCGCUUGGGGUGGCCGCCAGCAUUCGCGCGGCGGCCGAGACCAAGUUCAAUCAGGCCAAGGCGCGUUCUGAUUCGCUCAAAGCAGCUGCGGAUCAGGCGGACGUGGAAUCCGCGGCGUACGACAAGGCGCACUCCGUCAACUGGAAUAACGGCAACGGCAACGGCAACGGCAACGGCAAGGGCAACACUGGCACCACCGGCACCACCGGCACCACCGGCACCACCGGCAACACCGGCAACACGGGCACCACCGGCAACACCAGCACCACCGGCACCACCGGCAACACCGGCACUACCGGCACCACCAGCAACACCGGCACCACCGGCACCACCGGCACCACCAGCAACACAGGCACCACCGGCACCACCGGCACCACCGGCACCACCCACACCACCGGCACCACCGGCACCACCGGCACCACCGGCACCACCGGCACCACCGGCACCACCGGCACCACCGGCACCACCGGCACCACCGGCACCACCGGCAGCACUGGCAGCACCGGCAACGGCAAACCGAAAUAAGUACUAGUCGUUCAUGCGACGCGGCGGCAAGGCUAUACGCGUGUUCUUCCGCCGUCUGAUCAUCCGGUUUUUUCCCCCGCAUCGUAGAAAUACGUCGUCCAAAAUGUGUCCGAAAAUUGUCUCGACGACAAUGUGCCCAAGAAGGAGUCCCCCCGAAGCGGCGGAACUUUCCGACCUAGGAAAUGCCUUCUGGAGCUUUUCAACGCUCGCCGUCUCGGGGAGAUGCAUGGUUAUUAGGCCACAAACUGUGCACUAAGGAAUAAAGGCACUGUGUAACGCGUUCUUGAGUGGGC